GUAACAACGUAGUUCUGAAAGUGAACAAGAAUGACGAGGUGAAUGUGGUGGCUCAAGGCAGCACCGCCCUGUACGGCAAGAUCGACCAGGUGUACGCCACAUUUACAGGGAUCCUCAUGACGGAAAUUCAAGAGACAUUCGUGAAUCCGGUCUCGGACAACUCAAACUCAAGCUGCGCGUGCUGGCCGUGAGAGAGCCCGAUUGCCGCGAGAUGCAAGGCCGAGUUCUAUUUUUUAAUGGAUGAGCUUUUGUUUCUUGCUUGAAUCUAUAGUUUUGUUUGCUCAUGGAAUAAAAAUUAACUUCUGAAAAGAAUGAAA